UAUCUAAAACUGACACAAGAUAUGUACAUGGUACUCGUACCACACAUAUCUAGCAGAGACUUGGAUGUAUACUAGCCAGAAGCGAGUCUAACGUCGUUAGAGGUACAGGCGGUGAGGCCCUGAACAUGUGCAUUUUAUCCUGAUUAGCUGUGAUGGAUAGGCUAGCCGUUCUGUCCUGUCGAUGAAUGAAUGGACACCUUGGAAACAUCCGAGUCAGAUCUAUGUCAAAUAUUGACCAAUGUUCAUAGUGUUCUAUUAGGAUUAUUAUAACCUAUAACUGACCAGGAGAUUGUUGGUAAUAUAAAGGGGCUACUGAAGGUGGUCAAUACGUUUUGUUUACAUUAUAAAAAAACCUUCUGCCCUCUUUACAUCUUCCUGCCAGGCAGAUCAGACGUUUCUUUGUGUAUGCUACUGCAUCAACACCUUUUUCUCUUAAUAUCAAGAUAUAACACUCUAGAGGAAUUACAUUUUUAGUGUUGGGUUUCAGGGCUGGCUGGUCUACACAUGGAUUUUAUCACAGAAAACAUCACAUCUUAGGCUUAAACAGACCCAAUCAUGUGGAGAGAAUCAUGUUUUUUGUCCCUACUAUUUACAGUGGUAGCCGGAAACAGUGGCCCUUCGUUGGAUCAACAUCCGAUUAAAGUUAACCUGAUAGCGGGAUUCACGGCAGUGCUACCUUGUACAGUCAAGAACAAAGGCCCAGGAACUAGGGUGUUAUGGAUCGGUCCAUCAGGAAAUUUGUUGACGAUGAACGAAGUCACAAGAACGUCAGAUAAACGAAUAAGUGUGCGAAGUCCAUAUGAAGAUGACUGGAACCUGCGUAUCGAGCAAGUCAAAUACAGUGAUCGUGGGAAUUAUACGUGUAGAUUGUCCACCAGACCUGUACAGAACAAGGUGGCUGAGCUAAAUGUAUUACUAUCGCCAAAAAUUCUGACAGCAUACUCAAGCAAGGAUAUGGUUGUGAGAGAGGGCUCAGAUUUGGAGCUAGUGUGUAAUGCUACAGGCGUUCCACAACCCGAGAUCACGUGGUACCGAAAGCAAAAAGACUCUCCAAAUGCUAAAACAAAUCUUGGUACAGGUAGUACAGAUCAGCUGUUAAUUAACAAUGUUACACGUGACGAGGCUGGAACCUAUGAAUGUGUCGCCCGUAACGACGUCGAGCCAGCAGAUUCAAUAUCUAUCAAAGUGGAUGUACAGUUUGCCCCAGAAAUUGAAAUAGAGCUUGAAAGUCUCAGUCAGAAAGUUGGCAAAAGCACUGUACUGGAAUGUGUUAUCACGGGGUUUCCUAUGGAGGUCGCAGUCUGGAGAUACAAUGGCAUUGAUAUCGAGGAGAGGACGUGGAAAUAUGAACCAAUCGUGUUUCAGAGGGACGGAAACACAAUAUUGUUAAGUCUAGAGAUUCGGGAAUUAAGCCCGAGUGACUUUGGUGUUUACACAUGUUUUGCUAGAAAUGUUCUUGGGUCAUCAAACAGGACUAUACUUUUAAAAGAGAUGCCGAUAACUACACCGUUACCUAUAACACCCAAACCGACCACUACAUCUACCGAUGUCACCACCAGUACGACAAGGGCGACAACUCUCACCUUUACACCAGGCAAGGUUAUAUCUAGUACAACAACGAGUAGUGGUGUUGUGAUAUCGGACAAAAGUCCGUCCGAUGGGCCUGCCUAUACUCUAAAUCCACCAGAAUCAGAAGCAAACAACGGGAGUACAAGUCCAGGGCAAAGUAACAGUUGUUCGACAUUCCGAUACCAUAGCUGGAUAUUUCUUAUUCUGUUGAUACCUUGCAUAUCUUUAAUAUGAAAACUAAAAUGUGUUCAUAGAAAAUUUAUAUAACCUCCGAAGCACUAUCUGAAACUGUGUACUCAGACUAAAGUUCUUACUUGAAAAUUGUAAGAUCAGAGCUACAGUGACUCAGAGGCAAAAUCAAGAUGGACAGCGUUGUUGAUUCUGCCGAAACUUGAACAAUACAAAAUGUCAAGUUCUAAUAUAACUAUGGCUGAUUCGCAAACACGGAAGAGGGAAACUGACGUCCUAAUUCACGAAUGACUGGUCUCACUGAUAGUCAGUCACCACUGUCGUCAAAAUAAGACAGAAUUUCAAAUAAUCUUGUGUUGUGAAUAGUCAAGAUUCAACUUUUUUGUAAAAGUAGGUAGUGCUUAUGAAUUCCGGAAAUACCGUUGUAUUGUUGGCAAUACAUAACAUAUAUGUGAAUAUGUGAUGCGAAUAUUUGCAAAUUAUUAUAACAUUAAAUCCGGACAUUACCUGUUAACAGGGUCAUGUGAACUAGUCAUUCAUAUGUAUACAGUAUUGUAUACAUUAUCAUUUUACAUAAUAUCUUUAACAUUUUGUGUAGCCAUUAUACUUUUACAGACACACGUGAUGAUAUAUAUUCCAUUAUAAUAGUUUUACUAGGUUGUGAAAUUUAUUCAGAUCCUACUUUAAAUAUAUAUCCGCCUUGGUAACCAGUUUCCACUGGCCUAGUUAUUGCGACGAUCUGUAAAAUCCUUUAUUUUCUAACGCUUUUCGAGACACAUGAUUCACUGUAAUAUAUUCAUCUCUUCAUUGAAGCAGUAUCAAUAUCUAUAUACAUUAGACACAUAAAGCAUAAUUUUAUCAUCGACGAUUAUGGGCAAAAUACGGUGUGAUAAAGUUAUAUAUGUGUUUGAUUUUUUAGAUAUCAUAAUGUAUGCCAUGAAUUCAAGAUAAACAUCGUCUGUUUAAUCGGUGGCAAUUUACAACGUACACAAACUUCAUCACUGACGUUAUAUACACACGUGUAAUAUUAACGUCGCAUUGUCCUAGCUUGCUUAGUUCUCUGUUGAUAAUGUCUGUCGCUACUUUGUUAAUAAAUACUCUGGAAAAACUAAAAACAUGAACUUGUUGAUGAAAAAUUUAAUCUCGAUACGUGUUUUCCAGUGAUAUGUCUGUAUUGAGUUAUUUGUUACAACUGAGAUUUAUGUGGAAUUCUGUCUGUUGCUGUAUUCCAGUAGGUGCUCUAUGACACUUAUUGAACUAUUUCAAAUUUGAAUGGUUUUUAGAAAAAUCUAUCAUUUCAAUUUUCUAAUUGAAUAAGUCUAUAUUUACAAGUGAAAAAAAUUGUCGAAGAGGAUCUGAAGGGCAGUGUACUGUUUCUGUUCUCCUGUUUGAGAGCGAGGUGUCGGAUGAACAGUGUAUGGAGUAUUUCAUUGUAAAAGGACUAACUGUUUUUACACUGUCUUGGUCACUGUUGUCUUUACGUAGAAGUUUGAUUAGCUCUUAGUUAUUAUUUAUUGUAUGUUUUGUCUUUGAGAUUAAUCAAAUAAAUCCGUUAUCAAAAGCUAAAAUAUCACGGGAUCGAAAUAAAACACUUGGUUAAAAUGUUCUUCUUAACAACAGGAACCUUUAUAAAAGUUAUGGUAAUUUUACCAAACAGAAUCAAGAUCUACUUUUGUACGUUUGGGUAUAGGGCAUGAUGCAGAUCUUAUAUUUUACUUAUUACAAUAUUUAUAAUAAUGAAAGAGAAAUGAGACAUUUUAAGAAUGCAAAAAAAAAAAAAUUCUAGAUCUUUUUUCGGAAGAAUGUGAUAACCAACUCAUUAAGUCAAUGUACAGACUUAUCCUGGUUUAAUACUGUGUGUCCAGUUAGAUAAUUGAUUCUCUGAAUGAUGCAAUAUACACGUUUUAUAAUUUUCCAAAACAUUAUUAUGAGCAUCAAUUCAUUUGUAAAUAAUCUACACUAGAAAGCAUGAAGUUUGUCUUCCACAUAUUGACAGAGUCAUCCGGUGAUAUGCAAUACAACUAUAUUUGUAAAUAUAAUGCAACACUGAUCAAAAUUAAUUCUUAAAGUUAAGAAAACAUAAUUCGACCCAAUAAAUAAAAAAAACAGCGAAACAAACUUAACAGAAAAAUAUGAUGUCAUAGUCACAUUAAAAUUGCUGUUAAAAAGUUUUUUUAUUUUCGAUAUAUAGGUUUUUUGAAUCUCAGUACUACUAUUUAUUCGUGUGAAUGUCUGUAUCAUCUGUUUAUUUGAUAUAAGUUUCAGUGUUUUUUUAUCACCUCAUCAGUAUUCAUUAUAAGCACCUAGUGCUUCGUUGUAUAUUGUGCCAAAAUCAUGCCUGUGUGCUUUUUAUAUCGUUUGCAAUUAACAUUUGUACAGAUAAGUGGGAUUUCUGUUAUUAUUGCACAUACUUUGUUUCGUAGCGAUUGAACGGUUUAUUUAAAUGAAUGAAUAAACAGUGGCUAACGUAAA